AUGUACACAGUCUCUUUCGCAUUCAUGUAUUCCUUUCCCGUUCCCGAUUUUCUUCCUCUCAUCCUUCUCCCUCCUCUUUUCCUCCUCAUCCACUACACUCUGCAUCAGGCGGCAAUCUCUUCCAUCCCGGGACCUUGGCUCAUCUCCUCCCUUAGCCCCGGUCCGGUCCGCCGUCUCCUGACUGACCCGCGUACAUUCACAGACUGUAUGGACCAUCUCGGCCGCACCUACGGAGAUACUUUCGCUGUCUGGCUCGGUUUCUCACGUGUUGUCGUCACCUCAGUCCCCGCGGACAUCGUGCACAUCACAUCAAGCCCCGCUCUCUUCCCCCGCCCUGAGAAAAUUCGCAAUGUAUUUAAGCUUGCUUCCCCGGGUGGCUUGUUCACAAUGCCUGCUGAGAAGCACCGCAUCGUCAGAAGAAGGCUGAGGGACAGUUUUAAUCACAAAAUGUUGCACAGCUUUCAUCAGGCCAUGAUUAACGCAGUGAGACAGUUGUGCAAAGAACUCGAGUCCGCGGCUGCAAGUGGGAAGCCUGUCGAUAUUUCGAAACCGUUUGCCAUGGCAACGUUCAUGGUAAUCACAAACGUCGCGUUUGGUUCGGAUAUGCCCCUUGAGGAGCGCGUCGCGUUCGCUGAUGUCGUUAACUGCUUCACGGAGGAGAUGAUGUAUGAAUACAUGGGAUCGCCUUUUCGAAAAGCAUUUGCAUGGUUUGGUACAAGGAAGAGGUUUUACAAGACAAGAAAUCGAGUUUACGAACUUUGUAACAAAUUCAUCGAGCGACGGAAGCAAGAAACUACCAAAGAGAAAGAGGAGCGGAAGACGGAUAUGUUAGACGCAAUUAUAGCCUUGGAAGACCAAUCUGCGGAAGCAAUGACCUCUAUCGUAGUUGAGUUCGCCCUGACUGGCUCACAUUCUAUUAACCAGAUGCUUUCAUGGUGUAUAUACGAAAUUUGUGGUGCCCAAAAGGCCGCUGACAGUAUCGAAAAGGAAUUGAAGGAGAGAGUUGGAGAUCGUCCAUUGGGCGAGUAUUUGGCAAUGGAAGAUGUUGAAAGCUUGCAGUACAUCAAAAGCGUUUGGAAGGAAACGUGCAGGCUGCAUCCAAGCGGAUCGAGUACAAGCCGCGUUGCGGCGAAGAAUGUGACUUUGAAAGGGAGUGGUGUACAUGUUUCGAAAGGUACAGAGAUACACGGACAGGUUCGACGAAGCCAGAGAAAGGCACCGAUAUGGAAACGAGGGGAACAGUUUGUCCCAGAGCGAUGGAUUUCGGGACCUGAGGGCCCAGGAGUAGAGAGAGUUCCGGCUGGGGCUUUCAAUCCAUUCAGCUUGGGGCAGAUGAACUGCGCUGGAAGAUUCUUGGCCAAUUAUGAGGGACCCCUUCUACUCGCUGAGAUAUUUAGACGAUUCAGAGUGAGACUUGCAUGUGACAGGAAGGCAGUUCAGAAUAGGACUUUGUUCAUAGAUACCCCUAAGUUUGUCAGCAGUGAGGGCCGUGAAACUGGGAUUCCAGUGUUAGUUGACUUACGAUACUCCCAUUAACAUAAACCCCGCCACCAUA